CGCACGGCUCUCUCCCAUUGUGCUUCCCCUUUAAGUGCAGAUGAAAGGCUGUUGUGUAAUUUGGGUGAAAGAGGAGGAGGAGGAGCGGCCUGAAUGGAGGGCAGCCGGCGGUGACAGAUCGAAGAGGACUCGGACAGGAGUGUGUAGCGAUGGAGCUGGGUGUUACUAAAACAAUAAUGCUGGCAGGAGGUGUCCUGGUUCUUCCUGUCCUCGCCUUUGUCACCUCCUUCCUCUUCUGGCCUGGAGCGCUCCUGAAGGCCUACAACUGGUACUGGCGUCGCAGGCUGGGACUGGUGGUCCGCUACUCUUACAGUGGAAGUUACCGCUUCUGUUAUGCCAGCCGUGGGACGCCAGGGGGCGCCACGCCAUCACUGCUGCUGCUGCACGGUUUCUCCGCCACCAAGGACAUGUGGCUGCCUGUCGUCAAGCACCUCCCCAGAAACCAGCAUGUGGUGUGUGUUGACAUGCCAGGACACGAGGGGACAAGUCGCACCGGCGCUGAGGACUACAGCAUCCAGGGCCAGGUCGGCCGAAUCCACCAGUUUGUGCAGAGUAUCGGUCUGGAUAAAAAACCCUUCCACCUGGUCGGCACAUCGAUGGGUGGGAACGUCGCAGGGGUAUACGCUGCUCGCUACCCUGCUCACCUGUCCAGCGUUACCUUGAUGUGCCCUGCAGGUCUGGUUUAUCCCACAGACUCUGAGUUCAUCGUUCGUCUGAGGGAGCUGGAGAACAAUCAGGACGAGGGGUCGAUCCCUCUGAUCCCCACCACUCCUCAGGAGCUGGAGAACAUGCUGAGACUCUGCUGUCACACCCCCCUCAACCUCCCCCGACAGGUCAUGCGAGGUCUCCUGGAGAACAGGAUCCCAAACAAUCCUUUCUACAAAGAAGUGUUCAUGGAGAUCGUUGGGGAGAAGUCUCGUCACUCGCUGCAGGAACACCUGCAUCUUAUCAAGUCGCCCCUGCAGGUCAUCUGGGGGAAGGAAGACCAGGUGCUGGACGUCUCAGGGGCAACAGUGCUUCAGGCGGCGCGGCCAAACUGCCAGGUGGACCUGCUGGACAACUGUGGUCACUCUGUGGCGUUGGAGCGGCCCAGGAAAGCCGCAAAACUCAUCAUGGACUUCUUGUCUGCUCAGGAAGACGAAGGAGAAGAUGCUAAGAAACGUUCCUGAAGGAAACUUAUGAACUGUAUACCGACCCCUUACCUCACGAAGAAUGAUGAAGGCGAGGAGAGAGAUGGUUAUGAUGAAGAUGAUGGGGAUAAUGAUGUAAACGAUGGAGGUAAUGAUUGUGGUGAUGAUGCUCUUUCAUAGUUUAUUGAGACUUUUUAUUGAGACUACGACAGCAUUUAUUUAUGUGAAAAUUAAACUAACGCACAAAAAUACCAAUGACUGUCAGAUAUCCAUGAAGUGUUUACCAGCUCAGUUUUCACACGGCACCAUGUAGGAGACUGUAAUGUCUGUUUUAGAUUAUUGAAUGAAAACAUUCCACGUUAGGAUUUUGCACAUUUCUCUUUCAGAAAACUGUAUUUCUGUUCCUUGUUUCAUCGAAUGGCAGGUGCCUGUCUGUGUGUUAAGUCUCCUGCUGUGAACUGACUACAUAUUCAACCUCAUAAAAACACAUUCAAAUUGAAAUUCACAACGAAAAAGGUUGUGGACGAAUAGGUUGUGUGAUUUAUAUGUGAUUUUUAUCCUGUAUGUUAGUUUAGAAACUAAAAAGGUUUGAUAAAUGAAGUGAUUCAAUAAUUAGCACUUGUACAAAGUGUCUAUGGACCACAGAAUUAAAACAACUGAAGUUAA